CUUAUAACUUUCUCGGGUCUCUAUCUCUCUGUUUCCUUUGUUUGAUUUUCAUCUAUACAUCUGUUCUUAAUUUUCUGGAUUAGGGUUUUCUUUGAUUUCUCUAUGCUCUGGGGCAGCCGUCCGUCUUCCUAAGAAAUUCACUUUCCAUUUCUGCUGUUCUUGGUGCCUUUGAUCACGAAUUCGGUAGAAAUUGUUACGGUCUGUCGUUAUUAAUUAAAAAAAAAAGGUCAAAUCUUUUUCAGACCAAACUGCUUAGAUUCUUUCAUACGUUUUCUGACUUCUUGUCUAACAUAUAGUAUCUCGUUUUCGAUUUAAAAGCCUUCCUUCCCUGUAAUCGUUUAGAUGAUAUUGUGAUGAUGAUCUUGUUUGUUUCGCAAAAGUGUUUAUUGAGGGAUUUUUUUGGUACUUGUUCUUUUCAGUAGUAAGUAUAUUGUUGUCGUUGUGAGCUAUGAGUAGAGAUUCCAAAGGAAGAGCAUGGUAUGGUAAAGUCUACCGUAGAUUGGAAACGAUUCUUGUGGAUGUGGACAGUUUUGUUUCUCAGGGUAAGGUUUCUUUAGAAUCAAAUGAUUCUGUAAAGGAUGAACCAGAGGAACCAAUGGAGGGGGAGAAGUUAUCAGACUCUGUGUUGAUUGAUGACAAGUUUGAAGAGCUUUGUGAUGAUGAUCAGACAGCUGGCACUUCCCUUUGCCACAAAGAUCCAAUAUCUUCUCCAGCAUCUCAAUCUAUGACUGUAAUAACAUGUAAUGAUGAUACUUUUGUAUCUCCCUCUGGGAUUUCUACGGGUGUCCCAAAUCUAAUCCCAUUCGCUACAGAGAUUCAAGCUACACCUGUUCAAGACAGUGUGGCCAACACUAGGUCCUUUAGCAGCAACUCUAUGAAAGUUAAUCAAGAUGAGUUCUGCAUUGAAGACUUCGAUGUUGGUCCCUUGGAUACCAUUGAUUUGUAUGACAUGACAACUCGAGAAGACCCCUCAGAUUUUGACGACAAUUUGCUAUAUGCAACGCGUGACAGGACUAAGCAACUCAGAUCAUUCAAGAGAAAGAUAAUGGAUGCUUUAACUACCAAAAAAAGAAGAGAGAAGGAAUAUGAGCAGCUUGCAAUAUGGUUCGGAGACGCAGACAUGGGUUGUGAUCUUGUAAACACUAAAGAACAUGCUAACGCUAAAGAACAUGCUACAACUUCUCCAGACUCCAAAAGCUCACAGUCAAAUGUGCCAUUUGUAUCAGAAGAUUCUGAGUGGGAGAUAUUGUAAAGAUAAAAAGGAGUUCUAUUUUGGUGAGGCUCAUGUGAUGCUUUUGAACAUAUCAAGAAUAAUUUUGUAACUAAUAUGGAAAAAACAAAUUCUUCUUUCGGUUCC